GAGCAGGAAGAGAAGGAGGAGGAGGAGGUGGAGGUGGAGGAGGAGGUGUCGCUGUGGCGGAGCUGCACUGUCCUGCCACCACAGAAGAAGAAGAGCUGCAUUUUGUGUGUCCUGGAGGAGAACACAUCACUGAGAGGCAGCAGCUGCAGGUAAGAACAUAUCCAUCAUAUCCACGACUAAUAUGAGGUAUCACAACCUCACUCCUCUUCACAGUAGCUCUCAGCUCUUACUGAUGUAUCCAAACAAACAGAACACAGCGGUUACUGGAGCUUCCGGUGCUGUAAUAUGAACACACAGGCUGAGCUAAGUUGGCUAACUAGUGUUAGCAUAGUGGAGCUCUUUAGCUGCCUGUUGUUCUGCCUGGACACUCUCACCAUAUGGGACAAUGUUCUUAAUGCUGUUUGCCAUUAUUUGUUGUUCUUACCUCCAUGUCUUACCUGUCUUCUUUGUAUAUUAUGUUGUAUAUUAUGGUGUAAUAGCUCCGAGAUAGCACUGCGCGAGGACUUCGGGCUAAGCGGUCACCAUGGAAACGUGACGUGAGCUACGUGAACGGAUGACAGAGCUCACCUGUCAAUAAACAGCUUAAGCUUCAAUAAAAAGCUUCCUGUGAUGGAGUUCCCCCAGCAUUCCCAGCAGCUGCUGUCAGCUCUGCGUUCCCAGCGUCAGCGGGGCUUCCUCUGUGACUGCACCGUCAUGGUGGGCUCAUCCCGUUUCCUGGCUCACAGGGCUGUUUUGGCCUCCUGCUCGCCGUUCUUCCACAUGUUCUACUCAGACUCUCCGGGGGUCAUCGGUGGAAACGGCACCGGCAGCUCUGUCACACUCGACAGCGACAUUGUCACGGCUGCUGCGUUCGGCUUGCUCUUGGACUUUGUCUAUGAAGGCGUGCUGCAGCUGAGCGAGUCUCCACCCGUGGAGGACAUAUUGGCGGCUGCAAGCUUUCUGCACAUGAACGAGGUGGUGAGAGUCUGCAAGAGACGACUGCAGAGACGAGGGCCUCUGGCUGAGGCAGACAGCACUCGCUCUGAAGAGAGCGCCGGUGCGAGGAGGGCAGGAGAGACGGGGAGGGAGGGUGGGGGUGACGGUGGAGCUGAGCCUGUUGUGGCCAUGGCAGGAAAUCACUUGAAUCCAGUUGUCAUGGCAGCGCCAUUCUCAUCAGUAUCUAUACUGACAGAGAGGAGUCAAUUGGGCUCUGUGAAGUCUGAGCUGAGGACUGGUGGAGGGUCAUCAAUGGCACGAGUUCAGACUCCUCUGAGCCCCGACCUCGCUGAUACCACGCAGCCAGGCAUGGACGCCCCUCCUCUGCCCCCAGGCGGAGAGCUGGUGCUAGGCCUCAUCACAGGCCGGUCUGCUCCUGCCUCGAGAGGUCACGCCAGGUUGGGAGAGGGAUCGGCACUCUGCAGCCCUUGCAGCACCACUGAGACAUACAGCCACAGCAGUAACCAACAGCCCUCCUCGUCUUCUUCCUCCCUGGUGCCAGUGAGCCAGACUGGUGGUCAGUCAGUGGUUGCUUAUUCCCAGUUAGGAUCCACCCUCUCCCCCAGCCCCCAGCAGGACGUACCCCGACUGCCACGCAAUGACUCUGUAAGGAGACCCUCAGAGGGUGACCACCAAUCAGGCGGAGGACAACAGAUGAUCAUGUUAAUCCAAUCAUCAGCACAACCCAACUCGCACAACCCAACACGCUCGCCACCACAGCGGGCACUUCCCGAGAUUCGAAUCCAGAACACUGUGUCGCUCCAACGCCAAAGCUUGGACUUCCACUGUGCUCCUCAGACCCAAACCCUUAAGGGACCUGAAGGGAAUACGGGAACUUCACCCACCACUAGAAAUCAAAGAUCCCGCCCUCUUAUGGGCAGAGUGAGGACAGAUGACAAUGAUGGAGAGAAUUUGAAAGUGAAAGUGGAGGCCAUUGUUAUAUCUGACGAAGAGCUAGAGGAGGAAAAAGAGGAAAGCGGAGAGAGGGAAUCAGUGAUGGAAGUGGACGAUGAGUUUGAAGAAGAGGAGGAGCUGCACAGUCCUCAGUUUCUCUCCUCCCACCCACAGGGCCUCUUACAAAUGACCUCCCAUUCAAAUGACUACUCCUUCCCUCUCUCUCCCUCCUCGUCCUCCUCCGGUGCCGGCCCUUCCUCCCAGGACACUUCCUCCUUUGCCCUCAUUCCUCCGUCCACAGCUCAGCAGCACACAGACACUCCCGCCUACUUCCAGGAAUACCAGGACUCUGCGGGGAACUUUGUGGAGGACGUCCCCACGUGUGGAGUCUGUGGAAAGACUUUCUCAUGUACAUACACGCUAAGGCGCCACGCCAUCGUGCACACACGUGAGCGUCCUUACGAGUGUCGCUACUGCUACCGGAGCUACACGCAAUCAGGCGACCUGUACAGACACAUACGCAAAGCUCAUGACCACACGCUGCCGGCCAAACGCAGCAAGGCAGACAUGGAGCCCUCCCUACCACCACAACCACCACCUCUCAGCUAACACACAAACACACACACACUGUUGUAUUUCUAUACUUAUGAACACAUAUCUAGUAUCCUAACUCUAAUUUAACAUCUAAACUUAAAUGAUUACUUUAAUUUUCACUUCAUUUGUUGAUCAUUUUCUCAAUUAAUCGAUUAUUUGUUUGUUCUAUAAAAUGUCAGAAAAUUUAGAAAAAUUACUUUCACAAUUGCCCAAAUAUUGUGUUAAUUACUAUUUUUAUAUUUGCACCCUGCAGACACCCAGGCUUUCUAUUCUACUGAGGACAUUUGAUCCAGCCUGGCACCACCAGACCAAAUCGCAAAUGCAAAUUAGAGCAAAUAAAACAUGAGCUCGCAGAUUCGCCUGGUUCCCAGGCAACGUUUGAUCCCCUUAAGUACAGAAAUACAAUAACUCAUACACACACUUACAGAGUAAACACCAGCAAUGUGACUGAUUUUAUGAUGUUGUGCUACUAUUUUUUAACAAUUUAAGAGGCAUUUUACAGUUUAGGUUUGUUUUUUUAAUACCUUUAUCAUGAUUCAUGGGUUGAAAAAUGAUAAAAAACGUAAUUGUUGUUAGAAGAUUCAGGAAGUGUUCAAACAAUUUUCAAAGUGUGACAUCCAUAGGGCUGUCAAGAAUACCAUUUUUUGGGCUUCGAAGCUAGCUUCUGUGAGAAAUAUUUGAAGCUUCGGGGCGCAGACAACGAAGCAAAACGAAGCAUUAAAAUUUUGAUUUGGAAGUCAAAGCUUGGAAGCAUUUGGGUCAGCCCUAGACAUCCUACAUUUGAUGUUUGUUAUAUUAACUCAAAACACAAAUAAGGGAAAGCUGUUGUGUUUUUUAAUUAUGUCAGUUACAUGAAUUGUUAUUUGUACUACUGCCUUUUCAGUGUGUGACUGUGCCAGCAGAGUUUGACUGAUUGUAAAUGUAGUAGCGUUGUACUGUCUGUACUGUUUUAUUCAUAGGAUGAAACCAUCAGAACAAAUACCUGGACCAAUUCUACAGAUAGUGCUAUUUUAUAAUCUGUAAUACAAGCUUUUCCUUGCAUCCAUUUUAAUGAAGCCACUUCAUGAUGAAGUAAAUGUUCAGCUGUGCCAAAUGGCCUUUUACUUUGUCUCCUUUAACAGUGAGAAGUCUUUGAUUAGGAAGAUUCCUAAAUGAGGCCUCUGACCCAAAAAUAUCAAAGUGGCAGCCAUUCAAACUGAUAUUUUACAUGACAACCAACUAAUGCAUUUCCAUUUGCUGUCCAGGAUUAUAUACAGUAGCUUACUGUAAAUUCAGCCAGAUUCUCUUUGCACUCUGGCUGUCUUGUCCUAACUUAUGAUUUCACCACACAUUUCAUAGUCUGUGCUGGGCAUUCUCCAUCAGGGUCAAUUAAAAGUUGUUAGGAAUUGAAAACUAUUCAACUUCCCAUCUACAUGCUCUGAUAGGAUAGCAGUGGAAGUACAGGUGUUGCAAUAUACCGGUAUUGACGAUAACCGUGGUAUUUUAAAAUGAAAUAUUGAUAUGUUAA